AUGUGGAAGCGAGACAGCCAUGACGUUUACGAGGCCUUGAAAGCGUUUGAGUGGUCGCCUGCUGUGCAACCCAUGGUCGCUGCUGUCACAGACAGAUACACACACACCAUGAUACAACUGCUUGCUCGCUCUUUCUCCACCAUCUCACCCUCACAUGCUGCCACCUUCCUCGGUCUCACCUCUCAAGAGGCCCUUUCAUUCCGUGAGCACUCUCCCCUCAACCCCACUUUUCCAAUCCGCUGUCUCCUCUCCGUGUUUCGCAAGGCCCAUUUGUAUAUUCUUCCACGCACAUUAUUGUCUUGUCGCAACACAUCAAAGUUUUUCAUGUAA